CCGGCCCCUCGACGCCUUUUUCUCCUGCGGAUCGUUUUAUUUCUCGUCGCUCCGAGCUUCUCCGAGGGUUCUGUCGACUGUCCGUUGCGAGACGCAGCCUUCUCCGUCGACCGUUGCACGCCCGCAAAACGCUCGCAAAACGCCCGCCCGCACACACCACCCCUCCGGCGGCCGCAGAGUCGAUGCUCCAACAGUGACGUCGCAGGUCCCUGACCCCUCUGCUCCGCUCCUGACACGGAAGAAGGUCGUCUAGACUGUCCAUCCUACACUCAGAAGAUCAUCUGCUUAUCCCCUUCGGUGGUGUUUUUGCUGCUUCUUUCCCACCCUCGGUUCCUCUGCGCCCGAACCAUGUACACCGCCGAGCACGAAAGGUCCCAUCCAGGUCCGCCCCCCCCGCUGUCGAUGGAUCGCAUUCCUCCUCCGGCCGCCGCCUAUCCGACCCCGGGGUCUGGUAACCUGAUGCGCUCCUCCGACCACCUCGCCCCCAUCGCCACCGUCCUCGACGGCCGCGUCUGGUCGCUGCAGGUCGUUCAACAACCCAUCCGCGCGCGCAUGUGCGGCUUUGGAGAUAAGGAUCGGCGCCCCAUUACUCCUCCGCCCUGCAUCCGCCUCAUCGUGCGAGACGCCCAGACCGAGAAGGAAGUGGAUAUCAAUGAAAUCGAUACCUCGUUCUAUGUCCUCACCGUCGAUCUGUGGAAUGCCGAAGGCACCAGCGAGGUCAAUCUCGUCCGCCAUUCGGCCUCUUCCCCCUCAAUCUCUACCGCGACCUCCUCCUCCUACCCGCCGCCACCGCAGAACAUGGCCGCCGCCUAUCCGCCAUACGGUCAGACUCCCUACGGCCAGUCAGUCGGCUAUCCGCAGAUGGGCAACUACUAUGGCGCCAACCAGCAGCUGGCCUACCCAAACGCCUAUGGCGCCAACCCGCAAAAUGCAUACUACCCACCAUACUAUCCUACCGGCAACCACUUACCCUCAGCCAACAUGUCGCCUGCCCCGAGCUCGCAAGGCACCGGCAUGUUCACUCGCAACCUGAUCGGUAGCCUCAGCGCUAGUGCCUUUCGUCUGACCGACCCGGACAACAAGAUUGGUGUCUGGUUUAUCUUGCAAGAUCUGAGUGUUCGGACUGAGGGAACCUUCCGACUCAAGAUGAAUUUUGUCAACGUAGGUACCAAAAAUACCGACCCCAGUGACGGCGCCAACAGCACGGUGGUCAACCACGGCUCCGCCCCGGUACUGGCCUCAGUCUUCUCCGAGCCCUUCCAGGUCUUCUCUGCAAAGAAGUUCCCCGGCGUGAUCGAGAGCACGCAGCUGAGCAAAUGCUUUGCCCUACAGGGGAUCAAGAUUCCCAUUCGUAAAGAUGGCGUCAAGGGGUCGCGAGGGCGCGGAGUUGGUUUCUGUUUUUUCCGCUUGUCUCGAUUCUCCAGGCGGUGUUGGGGUCGGUUUGCUCCGGUGUUCGGGAUGGGUAAUACCUUGCUAUUCUUGCCGUAUAUACAUACCUAAGUAUCAAUUCAAUUCUAGGAGAGCCCUGUAUUCUCCAUCCGGGAAACUAUCACCUGAUUCACAAAUACCUGCGUAUUCUGUUUGCCGCAGGGAUAAACAUAAACAAGCUUCAUCAGUAUCAGUUGGCAGGUCAUUGGUGGAAUUGAAUUGGCCGUAUGCGCAGUUACUUCUUAAGGGAACUUUCAGGGCCAUAGUUGGGCAACUAGUAAAUUAGGCAACUAGAAGAU